AUGAAUUGCUUAAAGUAGACAUUAAGGUCUCAGCUUAAGCAAAAAAGGGCUGAUUUUGUUAAGUCUCAGACUUAGAGCUAGUUAAAAUAAAUCGAAGAAGAUGUUUCAAAAAAUUUAUAGAGUUAUAUAAAUAUAAUUAAGUCAGAAUUUCCAGAUUAAAAAAUUAUUUUAGCAGGUUUUUAUCCUAUUUAAAGUGAAAUCAAUUGUAUAGAAGUGAUAAAAAAUUUACAGGAUCAAUAUACUUGCGCUUUGCCUGUUCAUUUUAAAAAUGAGGAAUUAAAACCCCUUUAUUUCAGGGAAUUUAAAUCAGAUACUUAGCUAAUUAUAGGCCAUUAUAAUAUUCCUAUUCCUUCAGAAGACUCUCCUUAAGUUAUUCCUAACAUUAUAUUAACACCAUUUUUAGGUUUUGAUAAGUUAACUCUGCAAAGAAUAGGUUUUGGUGGAGGUCAUUUUGAUAGAACUAUAAAAUAUUUUAAAGAAAAUUAAAUUAAGCUUAAAUUCGUUGGAAUAGGUUUUUAAUGCUAAUAUAUUUAAGAUCUCCCAGCUGAAGAGCAAGAUGAGCCUUUGGAUUGUAUUAUAACUGAAAAGGGAAUCUACUUAAAAUGA